AUGGACCCAACAGCAGAGUAUGUCCUGCUCAUGGACUUCAUCCCUGUUGACGACAAAAGAUACAGAUACGCCUUCCACAGCUCGUCCUGGCUGGUGUCAGGCAGGGCAGACGCGGCAGCCCCCAGUCGGAUGCACUUCCACCCGGACUCUCCGGCUCGCGGCGCACAGUGGAUGAAACAGACCGUGUCCUUUGACUGCCUGAAGCUCACCAACAACCUGCUGGAUGACAACGGCCACAUGAUCCUAAACUCUAUGCAUCGUUACCAGCCCCGGUUUCAUGUGGUCUUUGUGGAUCCAGCUCCAAACAGCUAUUUAAACGCUCAGAGAAACUUCACCUCCUUCUCUUUCCUGGAGACACGCUUCAUAGCCGUCACCGCCUACCAAAACCACAGGAUCACGCAGCUGAAGAUUGCCAGUAAUCCGUUUGCCAAAGGCUUCAGGAGCACAGACACUCAGGAAUGGGCAAGCAGCUCCAGGACUCUUCCAAUGUUGUGUCCACCAGACAACAGACGGGGGCGCCGCUCAUCCAAGGAGCAGGACUGGAACUCAAGUCUGAACCAUCUGAACAUUACUGCAAUAUUACCAAUCGGUUACUGA